GACAAUUCAGAGUGUUCCAGGAGCCCGGAGUUCCGGGGAAAACCCACACAGGAACGUCGAGAACAUACAAACUCUGAACACAGUAGACCAAAGUUGAAAUGACACCUCCACACCUGCAGGAUGCGCUGUUGACUUAAAACUGCCUUGUCUUUUUUGGGGGAGAGUGGAGGAGGGUGUGUCAUCACAACAGUUUUUUUCUUUCUUAAUUCGGUUUAACUGAAACUGUUUUCAUCCUGCGAAUAAAAGCUUUUGGCCAUCACCAUGCACUAUUUCUCAGCUACUUUAUCUCGCCGCUUUUGCCAAUAUUGGUGGUAGAAUGCAGUUUGAUCAAAUGGAUCUGCCGUACUACUUCCGCCUCAGCUUUGCUUCGGUUUGAGUAACCUAACCAAACGAGCUUGACGGAAUAAAUCUUCCUAAAUAAGUACUGAACGUAGCAAAGCCUUGACACGGUACGUCCCAUCACGACCUCUCCGGACUAAGGAUCAGUUAUCAGAUCUUCAUGUCCGAGAAAACUCGUUUGGGGGGCGGUUGGAAAUUCCCGAGUUUGCUUAGUUUACGGCCUAGCUUGAUAGCCGCUAACAAAGACACGCGUUUGCAAUCAACGCAUCGCGGAGCAGAGUUCAAGUGGGAGUGUCAAGUGUUGUGCUUGUCGUGUGACAAUGUGUGCAAAACGCGUGAAAGAAGAGUACGAGGAGGAACCUUGUCGACCAGAAGAGGAGAUCGAGCCACAGCGUCAAAGGGACGCCGGGUUCAGCGAGCCUCCAGACUUGUUGCACACCGCGGACGUCAAUGAAGGAGAGCUUCGUUUAGAGCAACAGGAGUGGCGCUCCAGGGUGGAGCUGCGGGAGCCGCAGCCUCCCCAGGUCAAAGUGGAAAAGGAGGAGUCUGAUAUCACCGAGUUGCCAUCCACUUGCGUCAUUGUGAAGAUUGAAGAUGAGGACGGAAAAGAGCGCGAUGAAGACCAAUGUGGGGUAUCUCCAGGAGACAGCCUCUUCGCUCCACUAUCAGAUAGUGACGACACAACGUCACACUCUUCUGACACCGAUGUGACAUGUCACGCUGACAUACAAUGGGUGACAUGUUCUCAGUGCGACAAAACCUUUUCCAAGAAAUCGUCACUAAAAAGACACACGAGAACGCACGAUGGAGAUAAUCAAUUAAAUUCUUCAGACGAUGGUAAAAGAUUUGCUCAGAAGGCAGAGGGUAAGCCUUUUGCCUGCUCAGUCUGCCGCUUAAGUUUCCGAAGGCGUUGCAAUUUAAUUACACACGCAAGAACGCACACCGGAGAGAAACCUUUUGCCUGUCUCGUUUGUGCAAAAAGAUUUGCACGCAAGGGACCCUUGAGCGUUCACAUGCGAACGCACACUGGCGAGAAACCUUUUGCAUGCUCACUAUGCAGUAAAAGAUUUGCUCGUAAGGCACAUUUGAACAUACACACAAGAACGCACACAGGAGAGAAACCUUUUGCUUGUUCGGUCUGCAACUUACAUUUCAGUGAACGUUCAGGAUUGGUGCUGCACACGAGAACGCACACUGGGGAGAAGCCCUAUUCCUGUUCAGUUUGUGGCAAAAGAUUCGCCCAAAGUCGCAAUUUGACAACACACAGAAGAACGCACACUGGGGAGAAGCCAUUCCGCUGCAGUGUGUGUGAUGAACAGUUCUCUUAUAAGUACCAGAUGAACAAACAUAAGUGUGCCGGUCGGACAAGCAGCAAUCAGUAAAGCUGCAGCACUUUCAGUAAAACUGAAGAAAGACUAAAAGGAGCGAGCUCAGAAAGUUUUGAGUUUUUAUGGUGAAAUGGAAAAGUAUGUGGUGACCCCCCCCCCUCCGCCCCCCGGCUCGCUCUCCGUUCAGCGUUCAUCUAU